UAGCGGCCGCUGGGAUCCACCGAGCGCCUCCCGGGCUGAGAGGAGCAGAAGGCUGCUGGCGCUGCCGGGCGCGGGACCCCGCCGGAAGCCGAGAGCGACCCCGCCAUGCCCGGCGCCGAGGAGCGGGGCGGCCCGGAGGGUCCGCGCGCGCGCGGCCAGCAGCGGCUGACCGUGGUGUGGAGGAACGUGGUCCUCAUGGGCCUGCUGCACGCGGGGGCCCUGUACGCCCUACUGCUCGUGCCCAGGGCCCAGCCUCUCACCCUGCUCUGGGCCUACUUCUGCUUCCUCGUGACUGCUCUGGGAGUGACGGCUGGUGCCCACCGCUUGUGGAGCCACAGGUCCUACAAGGCCAAGCUGCCUCUGAGGAUUUUCCUGGCUGCCGCCAACUCCAUGGCUUUCCAGAAUGACAUUUUCGAGUGGGCCAGGGACCACCGAGCCCACCACAAGUACUCGGAGACGGACGCUGAUCCUCACAACGCUCGCCGUGGCUUCUUCUUCUCCCACAUUGGGUGGCUGUUGGUGCGUAAGCAUCCGGAUGUCAUCGAGAAGGGGAGAAAGCUGGACGUUGCCGACCUGCUUGCCGAUCCUGUGGUCCAGUUCCAGAGAAAGUACUAUAAGAUCUCCGUGGUGCUCCUGUGCUUUGUGGUCCCCACGCUGGUGCCCUGGUACACCUGGGGAGAGAGCCUGUGGAAUUCCUACUUCUUGGCCGCCAUCCUGCGUUAUGCCGUUGCCCUCAACAGUACCUGGCUGGUCAACAGCGUCGCCCACAUGUAUGGAAACCGGCCCUAUGACAAACACAUCAGCCCUCGGCAGAACCCACUCGUGGCUCUGGGCGCCAUUGGUGAAGGCUUCCACAAUUACCACCACACCUUUCCCUUUGACUACUCGGCCAGUGAACUCGGCUUGAAUUUCAACCCAACCACAUGGUUCAUUGACUUCAUGUGCUUUCUGGGGCUGGCCACAGACCGGAAACGGGCAACCAAGCCCAUGAUCGAGGCCCGGAAAGUCAAGACUGGGGAUGGAAGUGCCUGAAGCUGGGACCAUGACCUCAUAGUCCACAGUGACACCCUGGCCUGUGGCUUUUGUCACUGUAGGUCUCUCAUUCAUGGAAUCGUAGGAGAGGUUAGAAGGUAUGGAAGAGGGGGAUGGAAUGUAUACUAUUGGGAAAUUUUGUACUUGUCUCAAAACAAUGUCAACUACAACUAUCAAUGAAAAAACUAAUUUUAAGUCAAUAUUAGUACAGUCAUUUAACAUUAGAAUGUGGACAUGUGAUUUUACUGCUGUAGCUACACUGUAUCAAACAUACAUUGUUAUGUGCUUGUACAUGACGGUAACCUGGCAGGAUGGACAUUAAAUUUCUCAGUGUGACCCAGGAAGCAUUUGUUUUAUUUUCUACUGAUUAAUCCAGAGUUGCUCUUAAGUGCACAAAAGGAAGAGAGAGACAGGAGAGAAGACAAAAGCAGAAGGACUUCAGAGUAAUCAGAAAAUAUCCCUGGUUUGUCAUUACUGUGUCUGUCUGGUUUUCUGUUUGUUCAAGAGAGAGAACUGGAAACCUUAAAAGCUGAGGAUACAGGAGAUAACACUUGUAUUUUUUCUUCUUUUUUACCAUUCUCAACUUGCCAGUAUUCCACUGUCUUUCCCUACCCAGCUAUUUUUAUGUCCUGAACCGUACAUGCAGCCCACCGCACAAAUCAGUACCUGUUUACAUGUUUGAUUUUGUUCUCAUUGCUAUUGUUGUUUCAAAGGUGUAUAACUCAGGCAUGCUAGCAUCAAAUUAUGCUUAAAUUAAGCUCUCAUUCAAAUGCUUCGACACCUCAUUUGUAUUCUAAUUGAUCGCAGCCAUCGAUGCAUGUACUUUACUUCUUCUAUUGAAUAAGUGUAUUAAUUUUCUACACAAAGCUAUCAGAUCCUAAUAACCAACAGUUAUCUGAGCUCUGUCUACUAAUGUUUUAUCUGCAUGUAGCCAUCAUUGAUUUUGUGGCAAAAUAGAAAGUGAUCAUUAUGUAGUAUCUGGAUUAAAACAAUUUCUGGGACUGGGGAGAUGGCUCAGUGGAAUAAGCACUUCCCUAGCAAGUGCAAAGGUCUGAGUUCAAUCCCUGGUUCCGCCAAAAAAAAAAAAAAACAACAAUAAACAAUUUCUGUGUGUUCAGUUGCUGUGUAGAGCAUGUUGAUGUAAUGGGACGGCACGAACUUUCUGUUAGGUGUUAGGGCAAAAGAAAGGCUUUAGCGUGUUGAUAUCAGAGAGCUUUGAAGAUAGGUAUGUGCAGAAAGAUGUUAUUUUAAAAUUUAUAUUUUAGGAAAGUGUAUUAAUACUAAUUAGAAAUUGUCAUAAUCAAGUUUCUUCAUCCAGCAGGUGUUUAGCGGUGUUAAUUUUGCCAUUAAUAAUGUGUAAAGUACAAGUGAUUUACAAUAAAUGACUACACAUUCA